GAUGGAGCUGUUAGAAAUAGCAAAGGCCAAUGCAGCGAAAGCUUUAGGAAUAACUAACCUUGACUUGCCAGCUAGUCUCAGAACUCUCCCUGGAGCUAAAGAAGCACACAGUGCAACAGCAGUACCAAAUAACGAUGGGAAGUUUGAGAAUUCCGGAGUUAAAGCUGCUGGCGAAGAGACUUCUUCAGGAUUACCAAAAGUGAAUAAGAAAAAAAGCCCUUAUGAACUGUGGUUGCCUGUCUAAGAGAAGAAAACGAAGGACUGAGUUGAUCUGAAACAGCACUUUAUUGAAAGUUUCUCGCAUUAUUCCAUCUCCAAGAGCCAUUUAGUGGUAACUUGCAAAUAAAAUCCCCCAACCCAAGAAGAUUGAAGUACUUAAAUAUUUAAAUAUUAACAUUUAAGUUUAUCUUGCAGAUGUGAGGUAGCACAAAUGGACCAGAGGUUACAAACAGGUGGGAGUCUUGUGUACAUACUUGUAAAUAUUUUGUAUAAUUGCUUAUGUAGAAGUAGCAUUUAUAAGGAAUUGAACCUUUGUGUUGUAUAUAUUUGUUAAUAAAUGUCAUUAUUUUAGUCUUGA